AAACGCACUAAGCGCUGGCGGGCAGUGGACAUCAACAUGGAAGCGGAGCAGCUAAAACGCCUGGAACGCAAAGAAAGCGCACACAUAGCUGAAAUUUUAGAUGAAUUUAAUAAAAAGAAUGCAGAGCUGCUGGUAUUCGAUAGCUUCCAUACUGACAACCAAUGGCAUGAGCUGUGGCUGGCCAUAUUUGGUAUACUGGAGGAUAAGGAACUGGAAAAAGUGCAUGCGUUAUGUCUAAAUACAGUUCGAAUUUUGACGCGGGAUGAAUUUAGUUUGCAGACACAUUACAUUGAACAGGAGCUGGGAACGCUGCUACAACUGGCACGCCUAGAUGCGCAGGCAGAUGUGGAGUUACUUCGUCAGCUCAGCGCGCAGCAGGCAGAAAUUAUAGCUGAGGCCUUAAAGUGUUUAUGUAAUUUGGUUUAUCAAAGCGCAGAUUGUCGCAAGCAGUGUUUGCGACAACAUGGCCUCGAUGCGCUAGUGCAGCGGCUGAGUUUGGCCAGCAGCAUGCGCUAUCCUACAACGCUGGAGUACUAUGAUAUGAAGCUAUUGUUUCUACUCACAGCAUUGGAGACCACAGCACGCGUGCGUUUGCAGAAUGAGUUGAGUGGCCUAACCUACAUGACUAACUGGCUGGAUGAAAAGCUUAGUGAGCCCGGACUGCUGCAGAGCAAGGAACAGCAACAACUGUUGUGUGAGCUGCUAAAGGUGUUGUUUACGCUGACCAGCACCACGGAUAAAAGUCCCAAUGAGCAGGAGCUGCAGUGCUUGCAAUUGACGCGCGUGCUUCGUGAACUGUUACUUCACUUUGGUGACCAGCCCUCAUCGCGUGGCGUGCUAACGCAUGCCAUUAAUCUGCUGACGAACAUAAACAGCAGUUGCCUGGUGGAGCUGCUGAUAAAGUGCAAUCCAGUUGAUGCCAGCGAUGACGUCAACUGUUUUGAGCAGCGCAAUGUGCGUUGCCUACAGUUGUUGCUGGACUAUUUGCGUCAAGGACUCGCGCAGCAGCAGCUGGAAGCAAGUUCGCCGGAGCUGCUCUCGCCCGUGCUCACUGUGCUGGUUAAGUGUGCGCGCAGCAAUCGCAUUAUGCGACAUUAUCUACGUAAGCAGAUACUGCCGCCUCUCAAGGAUGUGAGUCAGCGUCCGGAGCUGGGCACGGAGCUGCGUAAUCAUCUUUGCCGCUUUCUUACGUUGCCUGCCAUGAUACUGCGUGAUCUUGCCGCCGAACUGAUCUUUGUGCUGUGCAAGGAGAAUGUAGCACGCAUGAUUAAGUAUACAGGCUAUGGCAAUGCUGCCGGACUCUUUGCCAAGCGUGGUCUGCUAGACUGUCGGCGUGUGGAAAACACGGAUUACUCUUCGGAUAGCGAGAAUAGCGAUACGGAGGAAUACAAACAACAGCAGGCUUGUGUUAAUCCUGUGCUUGGCUGUGUGGAGCAGCCUAAGCGUAAUCCUUUAGAGGGAAUGUCUGAGGAGCAGCAGGAGUAUGAAGCCUUACAGCUGGUCAAGCUCUUGGAACAACUGCGUCAGGAUGGCGUUGUCCAGCCUGCAUUAAUCGAUAAGGAUGGGAAGCCGCAGCCCUUAGAGCAUAUACUGCAGCUGCAGGAGCAGCGUAAAUCCUAAAAACUACAACGUACGAUAUAUUCGUUAAAAACUGCUAAUACAAUCGUUUGGGGUCUUCCACACAGAGAAAAAAGUACGGAAAACAUUCAAAUGCAUUCACACAUUUAUCGAUAGACAAAUUGUAUUUAGUAUUUCUCUUUAGUAUUUUUAAAUGAGAGUGAGAGAGAGCGCAGCAAGCACGCAAACAAGCUUGUCAUUAUUUAAUAUUUAAGCAGCAAGCUCAACCAAAAAUCAAAUCUUAAAACUAUUUAUGUGUGUAAACAAAAACAUUUUCCAUUCUCCUAUAUAGAGCUUUAUUGUGUUCAAUUUG